UGUAAUGGGCAAUGCGAAGCUACAUUGUGCACGGCGCGCACAAACGCGACUACCGCCGCGACAAUAAAUAAAUGAGCCCGAUGCGCGAGAUCGAGCCGUCGCGACGCGUGUGCGUAUCCCGGAUGAUGUAGGCGGCGGUCGGCCGCGUGCUAACGUUCGCCGCUUCUCUUCCCAAUCAUGUGAGCACAACAGCUCGCAGCUCGAUGGUGGUGGUGGUGCUGCUGGUGCCGCCCGCGUAUCGCGUGUUCACCGCGUUCUUCAUACUCGUGUAGCCAUAUUUAUAGUGUUAUUCGCCGAGCGACGUCGUAUCCUCGGCUCUCCGGCGAGCAGCGUGACAUUCCGCGCUAGCGCCGCCGUUCGGUUGGUCGCACCGUGUAUGGCACGUAUGUUAAAGGUCGCGCGCGCUCCUACGAGCGAGAUCAGCAUUGUCGUUCUCGCGGUCAGGAAACGACGGGUAUCGUUUGUAUACCUAGCAUGCGGUGGCCAUCCGAUUGUCUUCUUGUCGGACAUCUGCGUGCAACAACUGUGUCGUUAUCACGCGUAGCGACUGAGAAACAGCAGUGUCACGACCUUGGUACGCGGAGAGAGACGACGCUUCGUCGCCGGGCACGUCUAGAUUUCGCGGACAAGCUUGUCUGUCCGCUGUUUCUGGUCGCAUCGUCGCAUCGUUGUGCUUUGUUGCGGAUUUUGUGUAGAACAGAAGAAUGGGGAUCCUUCAUUAUCAUACAACUAGUCCUAAUUGUUGGUUGUAUUUUUUAUGACUGCAUUUACUGGAAGUGUUUUCAGUGUUUAUGAUUUUAUUCAAAAGUUUCAACAUAUAGACAUACUGAAAUUGUGAUAAAUAAAGUUAUGUUAUGAAUAUCUCGAGGUGUACCUUCGAUACAGUGAACAGAAAGAAUUUGCUGACCUUAUACCAAGCAAGGCACUCUAGUGCCAAGCUUGGGUAAUGGAUCCCGUUGGUUCGUGGUAUGCGUCUUAUAAUCGUCUCACUGCCAGUGGCAGCAACGGUACAUUUCAAACAACAUCGACCACAACAGGUGACUUUGUAUCCCAUCAUUUAGCAACGGCUCCCACACAAGCAGUGCCAUCGACAACAACGUCGCAGUUACUUUUACAAGCAGCCCAUACAACAGUAACUCUGGCAGGUCAACCAUCUCCUUUUAACCCGGGGGGAUUCCUGUCCCCAUCCCCCGUGGGUUAUGACGUCUUCUCUCCUUUGUUCCACCAUCCUAAUUCCAAGCAGGCGCAUUAUGUCACCCAACAUAGGCAAGCUCUCACUCAAGCGCAAUCGGUAUCGGCACAAACGACGAAACAAAAUGCCACAACAGAACCCGACAUCCCUGCUUUGAGGGAGAAUUACAGCUCGACGCAUCAAGCCACGUUCUUCGAGCAGCAAGGUACAUCAACAUCACCUACAUCGACAUUGGCCUGGACACAUCAGAGUAAUGCACAGCUUCCUAGCCCUUUUGGCAUUUUACCGCACGAAAGUGUUGUACCUUCAUCUCCGGGCCCGCCUUCUGCAAAGCCUAAUAGCACCGGCUAUGAAAAUAAUUUCAACGCUCAUUUCAACACGACGCAGACUAUAAACAACAUCAACUCUCAGUUAACCAGCCCGUCCGCGUGUAGUACAGAUUUCAAGGCGUCCGGCUGUCCAGAGGCAAAGAAGCCAGUCAAUGUAAGAUCUCAGUCGCCUUCUGUUAACAUAAAAUCCAUAGUUUCCACAUUACAAAUCAGUAGUAGUCAAACAUUUUUUCAGCAAGUUCCGACGACGUUCACUUCCGACACCCUGACGAAUAGUUAUACAGUGGGCAAUGGGAAUCAGUCAUCUGGUAACGGAAAGGUGCAGACGUCUCUUCAACAUCAGCAAUCGUGCAUUGUGUCGACACCGAACAACACCUCAGGCAAAGAAUACAGGAUACCGCAACCGCCUUCCAGAUCGACCGCGUCGGCGACAAUUUUUCUAAAUAAUUCUGUGCGGUCGAGCGCAUCACAGGUUCAAGAUAAACAAGGGACGCGCAAUAACAAUUUUACGUCGCCGCCUAAUAAAACGGCCGCUGCCACACAGCAGAGUAUCCAGACCAAGGCGCAGACGAAGAUAUAUCCGGAAUUAGGGAGCCACGUUGAACAUCGAAGAAAUGAGCCACAGGGACAUGAUAACAGCCAAUCGUCGCCGAUUAGCUUCUCUAUUAUGGAUAGUCGUAAUUUGAAUUAUGCCGCGAAUAAUACCACGAAUUGCAACAAUACUAAUGGCAAACUUACGAGCAAUCAAAGAACAUCGUCGAAUGGUAACAUACAGUCGCAUCCUCAGCAGCAGCAGCAGCAGCAACAACAGCAACAAACGUUUCACAUAUUAAAUCAGCAGCAGCACCAACAACAACAGCAGCAGCAACAGCAGCAGCAGCAGCAAACUACAUCCUACAGACAUUAUUUGACGGGAUCAACAAGCGAUACGGAAUAUCAUCACACGGGCAGAUCGAAGUCCGUGACUUCGACUGAUUCUGCAUACUCUUCUAACACUUCGACUCAGAACGGGCCUGACUGCGGCGUUGUCGUUCCACGGCGACCGAGUCCUCUGCAAGCUCAUUCGCAAGCCAGUCCAUUGGGUCAUGUUCCGAGUCCGGCGUAUCCCAUGUACAACAGUCCAAUGGCGACAAUGUCAUCACCUUCGCCGUUACAGCAACACACUGAAAACAACGGUAACCAAUGUACCAGCGGCGCGCCAUAUAAAACUACAGUUCAACAAGUUACUCCACCGUCACCUUUGGACGUUACCGUUCCUAGACCAGCAUCGCAAGGACAGGUUGUGUAUUCAUCAGUGAUCACUCGAGCACUAGGUACUACGGAAAACAACAAGGCCACUUAUAAUACGGAUAAUAAAACUUACGAUAGGCAGCAACAGCAGCAGCAACAAGAUUUCACACAAGCACAAAAACAACAGGUUUGUUGGGAGACCGAUAAUCGACAAACAAAUAGCAACAGAAAGUUCGUCACUGUAUACACUGGCGCUAAUACUGAUAUAAACGCGCAGAAUUUACCAGUUCAACAGCAGGUACAAAGACUUGUGAACGUGUCAGACAGGCAGCAACCGUAUUUCGAGACUAAUCAGGUAGCACUACAAGACUUGAGCAGUUGUAGAGGAGAUCCUAUGAGUAUUGUGAAAAAUUUGCAGACACUACAACAAAGCCCCUGUCAAGUACAGCAACAUGUUGUUAUUACUACUCCGACUGGCACGACGGAACAGCAAAAACAAGCUGAGGAACGACGUAAAGCUGAUAACGCUAAUAAGAAAAGGAAGAAUUUGGAGAAGGGUGGACAUUGUACACCGCUGAAUGAGCUCACAGGCACUGCAACAAUGACGGAAUAUCUCAGUAGAAUACCUCCGCCGGCUCAUCACAAUGCGAAUCAACAGCAGCAAAACGGUUACUUCGAUUUUGAACGAUGGAACUUACCGCAUCCGCCAACCAAGAUGUUCCCUACCACAUCGGGUGCCUUCAGUUCUCAGUCUUCGUUGCAUCACACAAGUAAUUUCGUUGGCACUCCGGCUCACCAACAUCAGUCGUUGAUGGUGUCGCAUCAUCAUGCACCGCCACCUAUCCCGUACUUUCCAACUUUCCAUAUUCCAGCAGGCCAUCACCCGCAUCAUCCGCAUGAAUUUCAGUCUUCGGUUGACAUAACACCGAUAGGGUUCAAUGAAAACGUCACGAAUCAAAACGCUAAUUACAAUCAAGAAAUCAGAAAUGAUCAGCCUAAAGUGAUUGUUCCUAAUAUUGAGGAGGAGUUAGGUUUCCUUCAACAGGAUCAGCAGCUGAUGCCAACCAUGAAUCAAAUAAACAAAGAUUUCAAACGAUCUAACAAGGAUCAUAAUAUGGGAUUCAUGACGAGUUAUUUGAAAUUUCUGCAAGGUGAAAGGGACCCUUCGCCACCACCUGCUAUGCGCGGUGGCAGGAAAGCAACGUGGAAUAGGUCAAAGCCAUACAUACCGGUUGAGUCGAGUAAACUCACGGAAGCUUCAACGAACGGUGAAACUGUUAAACCCCAAGAAAAACCAACUUCAGUUAAAGAGACACCGGCGAUAGAUUACGCUAAUGAUCCUAGGUACUUCCCGUUGCCGAAGGAAAGAAAGAAACAAAAUUUCGACUCGAGUGACGACGGAUUUACUAGCGACGAUGACUUUUUAUUUCCACCAAAAAAAACUGAGAAGAAAAUACAGAAUGCAAGUAACACAACCAAUACUGAGGUUAUCACCAUCAAGCCAGAAGGUCAAAAAUCCAAGAAAGGUAGGCCCAUUAAACCUGGCGGACCUACAGAUAGGAAAAGAAAAGCGGCUGCAGCGGCGGCGGCAGCAGCAGCAGCAGAAGCAACCGCGAAUGGUCCUAGCGACAAAAAGAUAUUGAAGAAAGUCGAAGAAGUAGAUCCUUUACUCCUUCCUCCGAGACGUGAGACCUCGAGAAGAAAGGCGAAAGAAAAGACUUCGGCGAAGCAAUUUUUGGAUCGGCAGCAGGGAAUAGACUAUUUCGACAAUGACGAGGAACAGGUCGAUUCCGAUUCCGAUCCAGCGUGGACACCUGCCGUAAAAUUGGCCGGAGAUGAAGAAGAGAAGAGAAAAAAGCGUGCAAGACCUGUUAUCACGAAAAAAAUUAGGAAGAUUUUGGAAGAGGAUGGAUACUCGUCCGGGGAAGUCAUCGUUACAAAAAAAUCAACCAGGAAGAAGCAUGAGGUGUCUUCAAAGAAUUCUAAUAGUUCUGGCAAAAUUUCUUGUAAAAUUGACGAGAAACUGAUUGCAUCAGUGAGUGACGAGGAUAUUGAUAUUUCGCCAUUCAAGCAUUCAGUAGGCUAUUUGGAAGAUGCGUCUGGCGAAUUUGUCGUAAUCAAAACGGAUUUAAGUGAAGAAUAUCCUCCUCUUUGGAGGAUAGAUGGCAAAACGUUACUCCAGAAAUACGAACCAUUCAAAUCUAACGGAAAAACAUUAUACAGAAACAUAUCCACGUAUUCUGGAUGGGCUCCACAAAAUCGUCAUAUAUAUCAGCAAGUACCAGUAAAAUUUUUGCAGCAGGGCAAAAUAGAAACUAUUGUGGAAUUUUUGAGGGAUGAGAUGAUCAUCGAUGACAGUGAAAGUAUUAAUAAGUUUAUGAAAGACACCGAAAAAUAUCAAGACAACUUCGAAGUAUAUAUACAGACAUUGAUCUCGCAAGCUUUGGAUUCCAAUUUUCUUACCGAGAUCUUUCAGGAACAAGAUGAUUAUUUCUUGUCAAAUGUCAAAACUGUCGAUGAAGUAACAGACGAAAGAAAACGUCGCCUUUUGACUAUGACGAAAUGGAAAUCAAAUAUCAUAACGGCGAUAUCGACAUGGCCGUGUCUUAAUGUGCUUAAGGACCUACCGUGGUCGGAAUAUAAAGGAAAAUCUUGCGCUGGUUGUCAGCAAACCAGAAUUCAUGCGAGAGUUCUACUUUAUGGACAACCAUAUAAUGGUACUACGUUGGAAGGUUCGCCACCUGAUCCAAGAGUAACUUACGAAAAGGAUUUUCUGCUAUGCCGCAUUUGCCAAAUGAAAGUAGCUUUGUACAAUAAAGUUGCUCAUCAAAAGUAUCUGAUGUUUUUAGAAUGCGCAGGAAAAGUGACGGAAAAGAGAGUAGCGGAUCCGCAUAAGGAUACUACAAUAAUAUUAAACGAAUUAUUAGCAGACGAAACAUGGUUGAAUCAGCUUUUCAAGGAAGUGAGGAGCAUUUGGGCUGAAAUAGAUAGCAUGGAGCAACAAGCUAAAACAAAAGUGAAACCGAAAGCAACAUUGUUAUCAUCAGCAUCUGCAAAUGCUCCAAAUGUACUUAUGCCUAAAGAGUCUGCUAAUACUUCUGAUUCACUGGUGCCUAUAAAGAAUACCGAGAACAAUCCCCAAACAAUAUCUUGCGACAUGCAGAUAAGCAACAUGUUGUCUUAGUGGUGUUACAACAACUGCUUAUGUUUGAUACGAAGUGCAUCAAAUACAUUUGUACGGGUUCAUUGAUACGCCCAAUGCAUAAACAUUUGUACCCAUCUCAAUAUCAAUCAAAUGGAUGUUUCAUUAUGAGAACGGAAAAAAGUUUUACUGAAAGAUAUGUACUGUAUGCGUAUGCGUUUGUGUGCUUAUGUGAAAAAGUGUGUGAAUGAGAAAGAAACGAUCAAACCAAGAAUGUAAUCGAGAAAUUGUAGUUAUAGAAAUAAGUCAUGCUAUGGUGUAUAAUAUAUAUGCACACACACACACACACACACGCACGCGCGCGCGCGAACACACACCCCACACAUACACACGCA